GCGUCUCGGCCGUCUCAUGUGAGAAGAAAACAUCUUAAACACGGAAGAACGAACCAGCAGAAGAGAACGUGAGGCAUCCUGCUCCGCCCCGCCACCGUCGUCAUCGCAGUUUGUACUCUACACUUAGUUUAAUCUGCUCCUAAAAAGUGACUCCGUCGAGGGACUGAACGCGUUGCCGGUGACAAGUUGUCGUUUUGGUUUGUUUGUGUGUUUAAAAACAAACAAAUAACCUAAUUACGAGCAUGUCGGGUACUGUUAAAUAGCAUGCCAUUGAGCAGGAAAUUCGAGGAAAGGGACGUGUGGGGGCAACGGAAUGGCAGCAAACGAGCAAUUAGAGAGAGGAACCGGGCUCGCGCGGGGAGCCGACACGGACCGUUAGGUUGGUAGCUUAGCCGGCUACAUCCGCGAGCUCGCCCCGAGUCCGGUCUGCUAACUUCCCCCUGCGUCGACCUGCGUCCACUCCGGGGGAACCAGAACCACCGCAGCGAGCCCAGUUGUUUUUUUUUCUUUCUUAAGCAGCACAUGGCCUGUAUACUUCUGACAGACAUGGACGCGCCCUGCUCCAAUCCAGCAACACACCUCAGUGGCUCUCCCCCCAUGGAUCCCGAGUCAGACAUCAAGCAGGAAACUUCAGACGCUUGUUUAACUGUCCACCUUUUCCACCCGGGAAAAAUACGGGGCGGGGAUGACCGUUCAGACAACAUGCUCACUUUUUCUCCUGGAGAGUACGUAGCAGAGGAACUGUGCAUCGCUGCAGCAAAAGCCUGUGAGAUUAAUCCACUGUACUUCAAUUUAUUUGGACUCAUGAGGGAAAAUGACCGGAUUUGGUUCCCCCCUAAUCACGUCUUCAAAAUACAUCAUUCAGCAAGUGAGAAACUACACUUCAGAAUCAGAUUCUAUUUCCCUGGCUGGUACAACAGCAGCGAUUCAUCCUACGCCCACCGCUGUGGCUCGUCCAAAGAGAUGGAAAGUCCUGUGAUGGACGAUCGCGUCAUGGCGUACCUGUUUGCUCAGUGGCGCAAUGACUUUCUGAACGGUUGGGUUCAUAUUCCAGUGAACCACGAAACUCAGGAGGAGUGUCUGGGUAUGGCCGUACUGGACAUGAUGCGUCUCGCCAAAGAGAGUGGUCAGUCAACAGUGGAUAUUUAUAAUGAAACUAGCUACAAAUCUUUCCUGCCGAGAUGCAUGAGAAACCGCAUCCAGGAGUAUAACCUUUUGACUCGAAAGAGGAUCCGCUAUCGCUUUAGAAGGUUCAUCCAGCAGUUUAGUGAAUGCAAGGCCACCGUUUGUAACCUCAAGCUCAAAUACCUGAUGAGCCUGGAGAUGCUCCUGCCCCUGCUCUACUCUGAGCGCUUCCAGGUCACUGACCUCUCCUCACGGGAAGUGACCAUAGUCGUCAUGGGCAACAAGGGCAUCCAGUGGUCUAAAGGGAAAGAAGAGGACGGCGCAGAGGAGGAGCUGCAGACAUACUGUGAUUUCCCAGAGGUGAUCGACAUCAGCAUCAAACAGGGCAAUAAAGAAGGCUCUGUAGAGAGUCGCAUAGUUUCCCUCACCAGACAGGACAACCAGAUCCUGGAGCUGGAGUUCCAUUCGCUCUCAGAGGCCCUGUCCUUUGUAUCAUUAGUUGAUGGAUAUUACAGACUAGUCGCCGAUGCCCAUCAUUACCUGUGUAAAGAGAUAGCCUCUCCCAGACUGCUGGAGUGCAUACAAAGUUACUGCCACGGCCCUGUCUCGAUGGAGUUUACCAUUGGUAAGCUGCGUCGUUCGGGUAACUACCAGGGCCUGUACAUUCUGCGCUGCAGCCCCAGAGACUAUGACAAAUACUUCAUGUCCUUUGUGGUCGGGUGUGAAACAAUGGUGGACUAUAAGCACUGUCAGGUAGUGAAGACGGAGUCUGGAGAGUACAUUCUGAACGGUGCCAAGAGGAGCUUCGGCUCGCUCAGGGAACUUAUGCAUUGCUACCAGAAAGAGGCCCUUCGCACCGACGGCUACACGUUCCAGCUGACGAACUGUUGCCCUCCCUGCCCCAGAGACAAGUCCAACCUGCUGGUGUGCAGAAACAAUCAAGGGACAGAGGUUCCUCUGUCUCCUUCACUCCACAAACACAUCAGCCAGAUGGUCUUCCACAAGAUCCGCAAAGAGGACCUCAUCACAAAAGAAAGUUUGGGCCAAGGAACAUUCACCAAGAUCUUUUGUGGCGUGAGGAAGGAGAGGGGGGACUACGGAGAGAUACACCAAAUGAACGUCGUUAUCAAGAUACUGGACAAGGCUCACCGCAAUUAUUCAGAGUCGUUCUUUGAGGCAGCCAGCAUGAUGAGCCAGCUCUCCCACAAGCACUUACUCCUAAACUAUGGUGUCUGUGUGUGCGGCGAGGAGAACAUGAUGGUGCAAGAAUACGGAAAAUUUGGAUCCCUGGACACCUACCUGAAAAAGAAGAAAACUUGUGUGAACAUCACUUGGAAACUAGAAGUGGCUAAACAGCUUGCCUGGGCAAUGCAUUACCUGGAAGACAAAAACGUCAUACAUGGAAAUGUUUGUGCCAAAAACGUUCUGCUGAUCAGGGAGGAGGAUCGGAAGACGGGCAGUCUGCCUUUCAUCAAGCUGAGUGACCCCGGUAUCAGCAUCACUGUGCUGCCCAGAGAGGUUCUGGUGGAGCGUAUCCCGUGGGUGCCUCCCGAGUGCAUCGAAAACUCCAAAAAUCUGAGUCUGGCCACAGACAAGUGGGGCUUUGGGACCACCCUGUGGGAGAUCUGCAGUGGGGGAGACAAACCACUCAGCACUUUGGACUCCUCAAAGAAGAACCUGUUUUAUGAGGACAGACACCAGCUGCCAGCUCCCAAAUGGACGGAGCUCGCCAAUUUGAUAAACAGCUGUAUGGACUACGAGCCUUCACACCGACCCUCUUUCAGGGCGAUAAUCAGAGAUCUCAACAGCCUUUUCACUCCAGACUAUGAGCUGCUGGUGGAGAGUGACAUGGUGCCCAACAGGACGCGAGGCUUUGGCUUCCCAUGGGCCUCUGAGAGCCAGGAGCCGGCUCAGUUUGAGGAGAGGCACCUCAUUUUCCUCAAGCAAUUAGGCAAAGGAAACUUUGGCAGUGUGGAGAUGUGCAGAUACGACCCCUUACAGGACAGCACUGGGGAGGUGGUGGCUGUGAAGAAACUGCAGCACAGUUCAGCCGAGCAUCUCAGAGACUUUGAGCGAGAAAUUGAGAUCCUGAAAUCCCUCCAUCAUGAAAACAUAGUUAAAUACAAAGGCGUGUGCUACAGUGCAGGGCGACGGAACCUCCGGCUGAUCAUGGAAUACCUGCCCUUUGGCAGCUUGAGAGACUAUCUGAUCAAACACAGGGAUCACUUUGAUUCCAAGAAGCUGCUGCACUACGCUUCACAGAUUUGCAAGGGUAUGGACUACCUCGGCCUGAAGCGCUACAUUCACAGAGACCUGGCCACCAGGAACAUUCUAGUGGAGAGCGAGAUGAGGGUGAAGAUCGGCGACUUUGGCCUGACGAAGGUGCUGCCGCAGGACAAAGACUACUACACCGUCCGAGAGCCCGGGGAGAGCCCCAUCUUUUGGUAUGCACCAGAGUCUCUGACAGAGAGCAAGUUCUCGGUGGGGUCAGAUGUUUGGAGUUUCGGCGUCGUCCUUUAUGAGCUUUUCACCUACAGUGACAAGAACUGCAGCCCACCAGCGGUGUUCAUGGAGAAGAUGGGGAACGAAAAGCAGGGCCAGAUGAUCGUGUAUCAUUUGAUUGACCUGCUCAAACAGGGCUAUAGGUUGCCUCCUCCCGAUAGCUGUCCAAAGGAGAUACACAAGAUAAUGAUGGAGUGCUGGAGCAGUGACCCGGGACUGCGGCCGACAUUCAAGACCCUGAUCCAGCGCGUGGAGACGGUGCGAGACAGCAGGGAUGCAUGAGCGCCCAUGAUUCCGCAACCUUUGACCCGUCGGUGUGGACUGGCCUGAGCUCGGUCGUCACAGGCAGAUGAGUUGCCCGGCUUUGUUCCGGCGGUUUGGAGUAGAAACGAUGGUGACGUUGGCUCUCUGCAGAAGUUCAGCCACCUCUCUCUGGACAGAGGAAGUCUUUUGUCCAGCAAGAACACUACGGCCAACUCCAAGAGCAAAGAUUACUUCUGGUGACUUCAAGAACUUCCUGCGCUUUGAUGGAUGAGCAGGAAAUACGAGACGUUACUUUGUACCUCUAUGGUCAAAAUCUCUUUAUAGAUAAAAUAAAAAAACUAAGAACAGCUCAGCACCAGCCGCCUGUGCCAACUUGAAAUGCCUGAAACCAACAUCGUGGCUCUGCUUGUGUGUGCGGACGUCAUCCCGUUCUCAAGCACACGUCCUUGUUUUACCUCUUAAGGCCGAUAUGUGAGCCUCUGUUACAAAGGGACUUGUUACGAAGAGAUCUCUGUUUUUCUAGGUUCUCGCCUCUCGUGUUUCCAGUCGCUGUGGAUGUCUGGGAGCUGGUGAACCAGCAAGAGAAACUGUCUUAUUCUCUCUUUGGGUUCCUGUUCGCUUGAAUUAUCUAUGUUACAGACGAUUUCCUUUUAUUCAGCUGAUUGUUGAAUCUUUGAUGGUUCAAGGCUUCUCUGUCUGUGUGCAGAGUAGAAAAGGUGAAAAAAUAUGGUGCCUAUAUUUUAUUCAAAGUCUUACUUUAAAGAUGUGGAGUUUCAAAAGGCAGAGAUGUGCGUUAUUUUGUUUAUCAGAAAUGUAUUUGUGGUCCAUUUGACCACAUUUGUGGUCUGUUAAUGAGCGUAGGAGAGCGACUGGUCACUAUUUGUGAUCUACAUGCAAACGCCAUUUUUCAAGGCAGUUUUUUGUCUGUAUGCACCCUUUCUCUGCCAUCUCUAUUCAGUGUGCCUUUUCUGUAAUUGUGUUUAUCUUUCAGGGAAAAAAGGACAAAAAAUGUAUAUGUGGUAAUGAGGUGCAACAUGGUGGGGGGGAGGGGGGGAACUAUUCAUAAUUGGUUCAUAUCCGACUUAUUUGCUUAAAAACUGUGUGGCAGGGCAUGUUUUUUUUAGAGUUUUUCAUGCUUUAAAUCUCUGUGAUAAUGUUGUUUUGCUGUGUUGCCUCAAAUAGGAUAAUUUGAUACAUAUCAGUUUGUGGACAGUUUGUUUUAAAAAGAAAAUCCCAGCCAAGUGACACCUGUGUGUUAUUUUCCACACGUAUUUCAGCUGUGGUUGUUUUCAUCAUUCAAAGACGGAUGCGUCACAUAAACUGAAGGUGUUGUCUUUCUUCCAAACAGAAAAAUUGUGCGGAAUUCCGCAUAUGAUUUGUUUUGGGAAAUUCGUGGUCAAUAAUUACAUUGUAGAAUCAUUUGAACAUUUGGAGCAUUAAAACGUAUCAUCUUGUAUUAUGCAAAGGUCAAGUAUUUGUUUAAAUGAAGAAACAAAGGCCCUUCCUAUUUAGUGUUAUCCUUAGGGUGUUGAUACCCCAAUUGCAGAGAGAUUUAUUGUCAUGAACAAAGGUCAGAAAUGAGUUUUAGGCUAACCAAAUGAUGUUAAUAUACAAUAUUGUGGUGCU